CCUACGUCGACCAAGCAAGAGCCGGUGCCUACUCAAUUCGUCACCACUUGCCCGACUCCCGGCACCUACACUUUCCCCGCAACCACCGUGGUCGUGACAUCCACCACUACCGUCUGCGAAGCGACGUCCCACCCGUUGACGCCUGGCCACAACACAUAUGGUGGUGUGACGACCGAGGUGACGACGUCCACUACGGUCACUUGCCCCUAUGCCGCCGUCGAGACUUCCAACGGUGUCGAAACUACUGUCCUGAGCAGCACUGUGUACGUCUGCCCAUCCGCCGGCACCUACACUCCGAUCCCCGCGACCACCACAUCCGUGCCGGUCAGCACCGUCUUGGUCUACCCCAUCCCGGCUACCUACACUCCGGGCACCUAUACCCGUGACGAGACUGUCGUGACGGUGACCGAGACCGACUUCGUCUACGUCUGCCCGUACACUGCCUCUGUCAUCCCCGUCCCGGCCCCGACCUCUGAGACUCCUGCUCCUCCUCCCGCGCAGACUUCCGAGACGCCCGCGCAGACUUCCGAGACGCCCGCCAAGCCCUCGUCUUCCGCGCCCCCGUCCCAAGGCGGCAUCAAGAGCAAUGGCGACCAAUGGGCCAUCACCUACACCCCCUACUCUUCCAACGGCGCCUGCAAGACCUCUGACGAGGUCAACGCAGACAUCAGCAUCAUCGCCGGCAAGGGCUUCACCACCGUCCGCCUCUACGCCACCGACUGCUCCGGCCUCGAAAACGUCGGCUCCGCCUGCUCCGCCAAUGGCAUCCGCAUGAUCAUCGGCGUUUUCAUCGACGCCGGCGGCAUCUCCAAGGCGCGCGAGCAAGUCACCCAGAUCGUCUCUUGGGGCAAAUUCGACCUCGUCGAUCUCGUCGUCGUCGGCAACGAGGCCAUCUUCAACGGCUACUGCAGCGCCGGCGAGCUCGCCUCCUUCAUCGGCGAGUGCAAGGACGCCUUCACUUCCGCCGGCUAUUCGGGCCCCGUCACCACUACCGAACCCCUUAACAUCAUCCAGCUGCACGCCGCCACUCUCUGCCCCGCGGUCGACGUUGCCGCCGCCAACAUCCAGCCCUUCUUCAACCCCGAGACCUCACCGGAGUUGGCGGGUACGUUCGUUGCCGGUCAGCUGGCCCUCGUCAGCGCCGCCUGCGGCGGCAAGGAUGCGUACAAUCUCGAGUGCGGCUGGCCGAGCAGCGGCAGCGCCAACGGUGUGGCGACUCCGGGUACCGAUGCGCAGCGUGUCGCCCUGCAGGGCAUCGCGAGCGCCGUCGGGAGCCGGACGGUGUUCUUCAGCUUCAACAACGAUGACUGGAAGCACCCCGGCACCUUCGGCGUCGAGCAGCACUUCGGCUGUGUGGACAUCUUCUAA